UUGGCCCAUGAAGACUCCCCCCCCCGGCGGCGGUGCUGGUGGUACGCUCCUGACUCGCUGGCGAAUCCGGUUCGGCGCAGCUGCGUCCAGAGAGGCAGCUCGCGACGUUCGUCUGCUUCGGCUCCGUGGGUCGGCGACGGAUAUACGCCGCUCCGUUGCUGCCGUCAGGAAGUAAAAAAUUGUAUGUUUGAGUUGUUUUCCGAAGCGGCUUAACGAGAUGUCAACCCCGGCUCGACGGCGUCUGAUGAGAGAUUUUAAACGACUUCAGGAGGACCCCCCAGCUGGAGUUAGCGGCGCUCCUUCAGAGAAUAAUAUUAUGGUGUGGAACGCAGUCAUUUUUGGGCCAGAGGGGACACCUUUCGAAGACGGAACUUUCAAGCUCACGAUAGAAUUCACAGAAGAGUACCCAAAUAAGCCACCCACCGUUCGCUUUGUUUCCAAAAUGUUUCAUCCAAAUGUCUAUGCGGAUGGUAGUAUAUGUCUGGACAUUCUUCAGAACCGCUGGAGUCCCACCUACGAUGUGUCCUCAAUCUUAACCUCUAUACAGUCUCUGCUGGACGAACCGAACCCAAACAGCCCCGCAAACAGCCAGGCUGCGCAGCUCUACCAGGAGAACAAGCGCGAAUAUGAGAAGCGGGUGUCCGCUAUCGUGGAACAGAGCUGGCGUGACUGUUGACCUAAACCCACCCCCCCUUCCCCCCGCCCCCCACAGUAUGGACACUAUCCAGCUGCAAGUCAAGAGAGCAGUGAGAAGGAAAGCAAUUAAGCUUUUACAAAACGUACCAGAAUAUAAACACACAUCAUGCCCCCACAUCUUUGCGUCCUCAUCAGUUUCUUUCAUAUAUCCAUCUGUUCUGUAUGGUAGAGUGCUGUUGUACUAUUAACUUUCCCUGUCACACAAAACCACCUUCCUGGACAAAUGGCACCUUCAUUGAAGUAAAUGUACCUUGUUGUACUUGGGUUACUGACAUUGUCUUUCUGUUACUGCUCUGGAAUGGAGAUGAUCUUUUACCUGCUUUAAUUUAAAUUUAAUUUUUCACUGUAUGAGCACCUCAUACCUCGGAUGUGUGUCCAUCAGUCACACGACCGAUUUCCAUUGGCUGAGGUGUUUGUGUGAGGACAUUUCUCACUUUUACGUGUCUGGAGUUUGUGUGUGCAUGUGAACACUUUUAGUUAGAUUGCUCUGAUUUAAUAUGUCUUUUUUUUGUUUUUACCCCACUAUAUGUAUUUUUUAUUAUUAUUUUUUUUAAUGUGGGGAUUGCAGCAUUUUCGAGAUGCGUAAGAUGAGCUGUAAUUCUUGGAAGUACCUGCUUAUGUUGCAAGUGUGUUUGUCUUUUUUCCAGCACCAUUUAAACUCGACAUUUUCACUCAGUACUAAUAUCUCAAAAUUAUUUCACGUUCCAUGAAAUCUGUACCAUCAGCCAUGCGAGUGCUUUCAGUUUUCAGUCCAUGCAGUUGUGUCUAACCGUGCUCUUCAAGAAAUGUGGAGUUGGGGUGUGAAUAGCAGUGCUAAGGCUGCUGUAGGUCAGUGUUCCUCACCCCGGUCCUCGGGGACCCGCAGACGGUCCACGUUUUUGCUCCCUUUCGGCGCCCUGCCUGAAAAGUCCACGUUUCCUCGUUUCCUCCCAGCUCCUAGUAGGAGCAAACACACGGAAUGUCUGUUGGUCGCGAAGUAUGGCUGUCAGCGACAUACCUCAGCUCUUAGAAUGAGACCUUCCCACGUUUCCUCCCGCUGAGUUCUGUUGUCUGAAAAUUGAUCAGAGCAGAGAUCGGCCAUGCAAAGCAUUCAGCGUAUGCUCGAGCAGAACCGAGGGACGGGGUACGGUCAUGGGGGCUGUGUGUUAUUUCUCUUCUCCAAGGUAUGUGGAUUGUCUGGCUGAUUUCACACUUUUUCAGUUACUAAAGUGCCAGUUAUUCGCGAAUUUGAAGGGAUUAGAAGAGGAGAACGAACCGUGUGUGACGUUCAUGUGGCAGGCCAAAACAAUGCAGACUGAUGAUGGCCCGCUGUCAUUUUGGGAAUCUUUAUUUCAUCCAAAACUUCUCGGUGAUAGUAAGACUUUGCAUUGGUAACCCAUGUAAAAACUGUACAUUUUAUCAGUUCUUGUAAAUAAAAUGUUUAAAAAUCA